AUGUGGAGGAGGAGAACCAGAUGCUGGCCGACAGGGAGCGAGAAGAAGCGAAGCGUGAGCUGGAGUUGGCCAGGUUGCAAGCGGAGGAGGAUGAAAUGCUCAAGCGGCAAGCGGCCCUUUACCAGGCAUGGGAGGACUCCGAGUUGGCUAAGCUUGAGCGGAGGUGCCAUGGACGCCAGGAGGCUGCGAAAGAGAUGCGUCGUGGAGGUUGAAGUGGCCACGGGUUCCGAGGAAGCCCCCCGGGUCUCUCGACGCAUGGCUUUUGCGGUACCUGACCAGGGAGCGCUCGAAGUUCGCCUCCGCGCUGCCAUGGUGGAGGAAGUGGAUGAAUCGGAGGUGGCGACGGUUGUCCUCGACCCACCGCAGCAGCCGCCUGUCUUGGACCCUGAGUUUGAGGAGCUCGACUUCGAUGACUAUUCGGCCAAGUACCAGCUGUGGGAGCAAGGGGUGAUGACGUCGGAGGAAGUGCGCCGUCGGUUUGGCAAGGACGUGCUGGACAUGAUGGAGGCGCAGUACAUCGCCUGCAAAGAAAUGGAUGAGAUGGAAGCUAGGGACAGGGCGACGGGUGUGCCUCUCACGCAGAUGGACCAAGGGUCGAUGGAUGUGACUGUCGAGGGCGAGGUGCUCACAGGUGUGGACGGAGGGGUUCUGGCUGGUGACGCUGGUGGUGAUGGUCCGAGCCGUGUGACGGAUGGUGCAGGGAUCCCGACUGUGCGUGAAGAUGACCAACCCGCGUCGAGGGGAUCGCAGGGCUGA